AGUCGAUGUAGCUUUUUUUUUUUACUCGUGUGUGACUCAUAUUAACAGUCUCACUGAGUACAGAACAACUUGUAUUACUAUAUAAUAUCAGUUGCAAGCUGAGCGUCAAAAGAUUGUCACCUAAAAUGGAUCGUUGGUACCAAAAAAUAGCAGUUGUUACUGGAGCAAGUUCUGGUAUUGGUGCAACAAUUUCAGAAGGUCUGUUAAAGGCUGGUUUAAAUGUCGUGGGAUUGGCGAGAAAACUGGAUAAACUUCACGAGAUACAAAAUAGAGUAAAAAGUGAAAAAAGUAAAUUUUAUCCAAUUCAAUGUGACGUGAGAAAGGAGGAAGAUAUCCUGAGGGCUUUUCAUUGGAUUGAGAAAGAACUUGGAGGCGUCGAUGUUCUCGUUAACAACGCGGGAAUUAUUCUCAACGAACCUAUUAUUGAUGGUUCUACAGACGGUUUUCAAAAAAUAUUGGACGUUAAUGUUUUGGCAGUUGCAAUUUGCACAAGAGAAGCGACAAAAUCAAUGAGGAGACGUCGAUUUCCUGGCCACGUCAUUACAAUCAAUAGUUUCGCCGGUCAUUAUGCGGAAAGCAUUAAAUUGCCAGUUAGUUUAUAUUGUGCCAGUAAAUAUGCAAUAACAGGAAUGAUUGAAUCUUUGCGAAAUGAAUUGUCAGCAAUAAAGGCAAAUAUAAAAGUUACUAGUAUAAGCCCAUCAGCAGUGAGGACAGGAAUGCUUCUAAAUGCAGGACUCCCUGAGGCAAUAAUAGAUCAAAUUCCUAUUCUUGAGACGAAGGACAUUUUAGAAGCCGUUAUCUUCGUUUUAGCGACACCGCCAAAUGUUCAGGUAAACGAGCUUACUUUAACGAGUCUUGGUCUACCCUCAAGCUAAAAAAUAUAUAUUCAAUCUUGAAAAUGUAUUGAAAUGUCGCGACAGAUAAGGAGGGAACGAUUUUUUUGCUCAAGAAAAAUAGUGUUCACAUAUAUAUAUAUAUAUAUAUAAAUCAAUUUUUCAAAUAAAUGAUUUAAAAUCCUAAUGUAACUAUUUAUCGGUGGUGCUUUGUAUUAUUAUUAUUUAUAUUGUUGUAAUAUAUUUUUAUUUUCUUAUGAUAAAAUUAAAAAUAAAAUAAGAACAGAAUCAAAA